UUUAACUCCUUCCUCAGCGGCUUCAUCUCCGCCGUCGGCAGCUUCAUCCUCGGCGUUUGCCUCCGGAUCCAGAUCAACCCCCAGAACAAAGGCGAGUUCCAAGGCAUUUCACCAGAGCGGGCGUUUGCCGAUUUCCUCUUUGCCAACACCAUCCUCCAUCUUGUCGUCAUCAAUUUUGUAGGCUGA